AAAUUAGGCCACCGUGGUCUAGGGAUGACUGGUUACUGUUUGUUAUCGCUGAGACUGCAGAAUUUAGUCUUUGUAAAAGUUAACUAACCGAACCCACUUAACCUAAACAAGACAAAAAUUGCGCAAUCUCUGUUUGCCGCAGCCAUUUUCGGAUCAAUCCUAAAACAAACGGAAUUUGUCUUCGAUAUGGAGAUGGAGGCCUGGUUGUUGUGUUUAUUACAAAUCCUCUGGAGAUAAAUAGAAACAGUAUUCAGCUCUCUUGCUUUCUAACUAUGUGAGCUUCAAAUUGUCAAGCAGGCUUUUGUUGUGUCAAGUGGGUGUUUUGAAAGAGGGGGGCAGACAUGUCAGGAAAAAGACGUCUCGCACAGCUGGCAGCUCGCUGGAACUUUUAAUUGCCCGCCUUGAGUCUGAUGUUGUCCGUACAAUAACAGCAAGAACGUUUCUCGGACCGCAUAUUUAAUGCAAAGCCAUUAUUUCAUUUAUUUAUUUUUAGACUCGUGUAUAAUAUGGUACCGUUCGUUUUCAUAUUUUUCUUUAUACACAAAAUAAAUGAAAUAUCAAUUUUAAACUCCACUUCGUAUUUACUUGGGGUAUUUUUUUGAUGUUCCAAUAUAUUUUAUGAUUUCAAUCAUGGAAGUGGGCAAAGGAAUGACAAUUUCAGAAUAUAUUUUUAGAUGACCAUAGGUGCUACACAAUUAUAGUAAUCUCUGCCUUUGUGCCAAAAAUGACGGCUAUUAUUUUCCUCCAGACAGAAUGUAGUGAUUAUGCAGCGGCUGCCAAAUUGGGCAAAAUUUGUGCAAUGUCGAAAGCUUGUGGCAAGCUGUGAAAUCCUCAAGUUAAGCACAGGAAUAAAAUACCACAGAAAGAACACUUUACAAAAUGAUUUUACCACCAUAAAAAAUCCAAAGACUUUUUCAUUUUGAAAAGGCGAAUGACAGAAAAAGCAGCAUAAUUCAUCACAAAGAACUUUUUGUCUUUGGAACCUUGACGUGAGACCACAUUGCCUGCAAUCUCUCUUAGAAAAAUGUCUAAAUUGCUUGAGGGGACUACAAAUAAAAAUCAACCCCCAUGAGGAUUUGCUGACGCACGUCGCAUAAACGCAUACAUUCAGAUUAGCUUUCGUCUCCUCAGGAGGCCCGAAGCAGCACGAUGUAUAAAAACAUAACCAUUUUCGGAUCAAUCCCAAGACAUUGAUUCACGGAAUUCAUUAAAUAACGACAUGAAAUGCCGAAAAUAUUUAAAAAAAAAAAAGUAUUUUUAAAUCACAUUCACAAUAUCUGCUUGACAGAUUUUUUUCUUGGUUGAAUGUGACUUAUUCCAUUAUGUAAAAAGUAUACGGGUUCUAAAAAGUUUGGGAAACACUUCAAUUAAAAGUAGCCAUCCUGACAUCGAAAAGAAUGUUAUCAAUGCGUUCCCAUGAUCAGCCCCAGGACUUAACUUUGAGCACAGUCAUUGUCAAACAAGGAAACGAGCAGAAACAAUUUGCUAGCUUAGCUCGAGGUAUGUUUUGGUUGCAGCUGAACGCUCGAGACAUGUGGUUGUACUGUUUUUUGUGGAAGGGGGGGGGCUCCAAAAGUUUGCAAAAGUACAAUUCAAUAUUUGUAGCAUUGUGACUUCCUGGAAUCAGCUCAAUGUUUGACUGAAUCUCAUGAAUGCGGCCUCACACUCGCACGUGAGGCCUCAAACGUUCCCAUGAGCGGCCCCAGGUCUUCGCUCUGCCCACUUGAGGGGACGAGACCUUUACUAAUCUCAUAAAUACGACUAACUUCUCUCCCCCUCUCUCUUUCCCUCCCUUCCCGGAGCCCAACUCGGCUCUUCCCAGACGGGCCGGCGAGGACUCACAUGAGCGGUAAAGCCGUGAGGGUCUCGCACUCUGCUAUGCAGUAGUCCAAAAGGAUUUAGCACCCAUGCAAGGAGCGGAUCUUUAGACCGUUUUAGUCCGUACAUUUUUGCCCUCCAAACAUGACCCUUUUAUCGGAGGACCAGUCCGCCAGGCCCCAGCCUUGCCGGGUCCCGGAGCCGACAAAGAAUGGAGGCUCCUCGCCGCAGGACUCGAAGGCUCUGACCGCCUCCAAAGACUACUACAUGGACAGCGCAGAGGGCACCGUCUUCGGGCAGGUGGAGCCGCCCAGGCGCUCUCGGGGCCGCCUGAUCCUCCACGGCCUGGUCAUGUUCGGAAGGGAAUUCUGCUACGCGGUGGAGGCGGCGUUCGUCACGCCCGUGUUGCUCAGCGUGGGCCUGCCGCGCAGCAUGUACAGCCUGGUGUGGUUGAUCAGCCCCAUCCUGGGCUUCUUGCUGCAGCCCAUCAUCGGGUCGGCCAGCGACUACUGCCGCUCGCCAUGGGGGCGGCGGAGGCCCUACAUCCUGACGUUGGGUCUCCUCAUGCUUGUGGGCAUCACCAUGUUCCUCAACGGAGAUCUCAUCAUCUCAGCGCUAUUCGCCGACAGGUCGGCGCGGCGGACGUGGGCCAUCGUGUUAGUGAUGCUGGGCGUGGUGCUGUUCGAUUUUGCCGCCGACUUCAUCGACGGGCCCAUCAAGGCUUACCUGUUUGACGUGUGCUCCCACCAGGAUAAGGAGCGAGGCCUCCACUAUCAUGCUCUGCUCACUGGUCUGGGCGGAGCGUUUGGCUACCUGAUGGGCGCCAUGGACUGGGUUCACACCGGUCUGGGCCAGCUGCUGGGCUCCGAGUACCAGGUCAUCUUCUUCUUCUCGGCGCUCACCUGGAGUUUCUUCCUCACCAUCCACCUCUUCAGCAUUCCCGAGGAGCCCCUGGACAAAGCGGCCGCCCGGCAACCUUCGGUGCUCAACGCCCUGAGGCAGCUGGGCUCCCAGCAGAACGGCUACGGAACUUUAGGCAAAGACGCCGAGGACCCGCCGCCGGUUCCCGUCCAGGACAUCAGAGCGAGGUCCUUCUCGGCUCUCGGGGAGGCCAACGCUGUCACCUCCAGUGCCAAACAGCCCAGUAAGGAGGCCGGUGAAAGGAUGACGCUCAAGUCGCUGCUGAAAGCCACCAUCAGCAUGCCCAACCACUACCGCUACCUGUGCAUCAGUCACCUCCUGGGAUGGACGGCGUUCCUCUGCAACAUGCUCUUCUUCACCGACUUCAUGGGCCAGAUCGUCUACAAGGGCAACCCGUACGCCGAGCACAACUCCACUUCGUACGCCACUUACGAACACGGCGUGGAAAUCGGUUGCUGGGGCUUGUGCAUCAACGCCGUGUCCUCGGCUGUUUUCUCAUAUGUGCAGCGUUUAUUGCUGCCCUCCGUGGGCCUGAAGGGUUUGUACUUCUUGGGCUACUUUGUGUUCGGCCUGGGCACGGGCCUCAUCGGCCUCUUCCCCAACGUCAUCGCCACGCUGGUCCUGUGCAGCGUCUUUGGCGUCAUGUCCAGCACGCUCUACACCAUCCCAUUCAACCUCAUCGCAGAGUACCAGCGUGAGGAGGAGGAGGAAAUGGCUCGUCGCGGCGGCGGCGAGACCGCACGGGGCACGGGCGUUGACUGCGCCGCCCUCACCUGCAUGGUGCAGCUGGCCCAGAUCUUGGUGGGUGCGGGCCUGGGCGCCCUGGUCAACAUAGUGGGCAGCGUGGUGGUGGUGGUCCUGUCCGCCUCCACUGUGUCCUUGCUGGGCUGCAUGUUCAUCGCACUCUUUGUCAGACAAGCUCACUUAUCGCCUUCCCCGUUGCACAAUUUGUAAUAUUUCAAUAAAGACUAUUAUGUAUUGCUAAAUAAAGAUUCUUUAUAAUGUCA